AUGAUUCACUUUAUCCGCAAGAACUUCAAACAGGCGACGUUCAUCAUAUACAAGCUUCCUCACAACACGCUUCAAUCCUUCAAUCCAUCCGGAGGCAAAUUCGCGUACGUGGACGAGAGGAUCAUCGAGAACAAACCGAGUUACUGGCAACUGUCGGAACAGGACCUGGUCACAACUGAGAACCCGGUCGCCUACACGCUUCAGCCACUCUACGAGGACAACCUGAGAGAGGACAUUCUGUACUUUGCGUACAACGACCAGCCACCAGAACCCUACAGACAAAAGUUGGACGGCAGCCACAGUAAAGCGAAGCUCCUACGCACCCAGAGUGCUGGUGUGCACGAUAACAAAACAACCAAGUGGAUGAACAGUUACGCCGACGUGAAGGAGCUCGCCGAUAACAAUUUCCUUGAAGAGUAUCGCACAUUGAAGGAACCCCUGGCAAGCAAAAGUGGCCAUUUCCUAUGGGCGUACGCCAAGCCAGCAGCAGCAGGAACAGAUCUCUAUGCUGGAGCGCUUUUCGGUGACCUAGGCGAGCCCAUCGUUGUGCAGUCUUGGAGGAAUGGCCCUGGACGUAAUCUUAACACCAACGAGGAAGUGUUCGACAUCUUUUACAUGGUACUAAAGUUUGGUGAAGAUAAUUACGCCGCUUUCUCCGCUACCGUCGAUCACAGCAAGUGGGCAUUCACCACCGAAAGUGAUAUUUUCUGCUUCUGUUCUUCGAAUCGCAAGGAGUCUCAAGAGAAACGAGGCGGAGAAGCCCUGUGCUUCGACAACGAUGUGGUGAAGGCCCUCUUUUGCAGCGGUGUCAAGGCGGCUCACCCCCACAUCAACUGCAACAAUGAAAGAAAAAGACACCGCAUCGAACGUGAAAGGGGUCCUGCAUAG